AUGCUCAUGGCUUCGUCGGUGCGAGAGGAGAUCGACCCUACGGUGGAAACUUGCCUGGCGGAGGUUGCUCAAGACGUGGCGCGCUGGUACCUCUUCCCGCUCAUCACGACGAUGCCGACGGCGGGCCUUCAACUGCGGCAGCAUCUGACUGGGUCGUGCGGCAAUGACGUCGACCAAAACGACUCGGAGUUGUACCAUUUUGCGCGGACCGCGUGCUACGUUGCCGUCUUGGCGGGUGCCGAGGUACGAAGAACGCGUCCACGAGGACGGGAGGAAGAGGAGGCGCCUCGAGGCUACACGCCCAUGGAGGGGACGGAAGCACGGAGACUUGUUGGCGCCAAGCCGCCCCGCCCCUACAAGGAUGACUUCCUCGGUGCUGCCCACGAGUGGAUUGACAGAUACAUGCGUCGGCUGGCCGGGUCGGACCAGCACUCGGCCAUGUCGCCCGUCAAGCGUCUGGCCUUUGGCGAGUGGGUGUUGUCCACCUACCUACCUGCAUGUGACCAAGUCAUGGAGGCCACCACCGACCUCUCGGCACUGAGUAUAUGCAUGCUCGCCAAGGCUCGCGCGGCCAACGCCUACACAACGGCCGUCGCCGAUUACCGCCACCGCGCACACGGCGGCUAUCCUGGCGGAGGGGAAACGGCGGCACCGGACAUGCACAGGGCAAAGCACCAAUUUCGACAUGCUGUCGCGAGCGCCACGCGCCGACCGUGCGCACUUUGGGCCUACAUGCUCCACACGGUGUGCACCUUGUACGACGUUGCCAUACACGAGGACGCCGCCAACGGCCCUUCCCACUUACAUUCCUUCUUGGCUGUCACCUACGAGAUGCUGACCGACGAAACCAGCCUCGCCCUGGCCGGGUCUGAACCCGGCGGGUGCCGCGGACAACGAAACCAAGCCGCCAACAUGAUCGACGAGUUGCUGCUGCUGGGCAAGGCCCAAGGCGACAAGGCCGGGCACGACAGCCUACACUCGGCUCUGGACAAGGUGGAAGACAAUCUCGGCCUGGCGGACGCGGAAUGCGAUGAAACAGAGUCGGACUGA